AUGGACGAUGAUGGGUGUCAUGGACGGCGGUUACCGCUGGGUGUGAUUCGGGAACGCGUGCAGGCGCUGUGCGACGCGCUUGGGCUCAACAACAAUGGUGCCCGCAACGCGGUUGGCCGGCUUGCGUCCGUGGCCAGCGGCAGCCGGCCCCUGCGCAUCGUGGGCUUGGGCGCAGGCGCUUGGGGCGCCGUGUUCAUGGCCAUGCUGCAGGAGAUGUACGGGCAGGCGCCAGACCUGGUGGACAUUACCAUCUGGCGCCGUGGCGGCCGCACAGUGAGCAAGGAGGUGGUGACGCACGUGAUGGAUGUCGUCAACGCAGACGAGGCUGUGUUGCGGCGCCUGCGCAACAGCAGCGUGUACCUCAAGUACGUCUCCGCUCGGCUUGGCGACCGCACCCUCACAGCCUGCGAGAUGCUCCGCGACGGCUUUUGCCUCAACCUCCCAGACUGCCCUCUUUGCCCCUUGAAGGUGACAACAGAGCUGGAGGAGGCCGUGUACGACGCGGAUGUGAUUGUGAACGGGCUGCCAUCAACAGAGACGCGCGCGGUGUUUGAGAAAGUGGGGCGCAUCCUGAAGCAGACACGCAACAGGGACAACCCCAUGCCCUUUGUCAUAUCCUUAUCCAAGGGUGUGGAGACGCGGCUGGAGCCCCAUCCGCACAUCAUCACGCCAACCCGCAUCAUCCACGAGGCUGGCGGCGUGCCCAUGGACCGCUGCUUCUACCUCGGCGGCCCGAACAUUGCUGCUGAGAUUUGGCGCGGGGAGUACGCAAACGCGCGCAUCUGCGGCGGUGUGCGGGCGGUGCGAACGGCUCUGGCAGACUUUAUCCGGAACGACAAUUUUGUGGUGUGGACAAGCCCCGAUGUGAUCACGCACGAGGUGAUGGGCGGCCUGAAGAACGUGUAUGCAAUCGGCAUGGGCAUCACCACGGCAGCCACCAACAACAGCGCCACAAGCAAGGCCGUGUACUUCAGCAACGCCGCAGCAGAGAUGGUGUUCAUCACGCGCCUGCUGUCAGAACGGCCAGACGACCUUCAAGGACCACUCCUCGCAGACACAUACGUGACGCUGCUCAAGGGGCGGAACGCAUGGUACGGCGAGCGGCUGGGCCGCGGGGAGCUGUGCCCGAGCAUGGGGGAUGUGGUGCCUGGGAAGGGCCUGAUCCAGGGCAUCUCCGCUGUGCACGCCUUCCACGAGCUGCUGAGCGACGAGCGGGUGCAGGUGUUUGACUGCGACGCCCAGCGGGCCGUGUCCCCCGUGGAGGUGCUGCCCAUGCUGCGGCACCUGAAGGAGAUGCUCUCACGCGACGACGACGACAUGGCAGCUGCCACCCGCCAGUUCAUUGCAAAGCUCAAGGACGCGUCGGCAACCGACCCUGCCCAGCGGCUGCGCACAGACAACCUGUACUGUGCCAUGCUCACGCGCCUCCCACACGAGAUUGUCGUGGAGGAUGCGGAUGGCGGUGGCGAUGGUGCGGGAGUGGCUGAUGGCGGUGCUGGUGUUGGGCCGGAGCAGCGGCAUCGGAACAGGUCGUUUAUCGGCGGCGCAGACGAAGCAGAGGAGGACAUCAACCCCCACUUCACAAAGACGUGAGGGAGGCGUUAGCAAGGGGGUGAGGAAGGCAUGGACAUGUGCAUAGGUGCAGGUGGCUAGCUGCUGGCUUCCUUCCUUUCUUUGUGUGUACAUGAACGUUGGGUUGUGGCCCUGAUGGGAGGUUCGACCUUGACAUUUGUGGUUCAGCGAGCGUGCGUCGUCGUUGGAUUUUAGAAGGUUGUCGCAGACUUCGUAAAGAUUGACUGACA